AUGCUGAACAAUCUUGACAUGAACGAGGCUCCUGCUGAAAUCGCAAACACGGCAGUGCCUUGUUUGUUCAUUAUGGGAGAUUCUUUAUUUGAUAAUGGGAAUAACAACAAUCUCAUCACAAAUGCAAAGGCCAAUUAUCCACCUUAUGGGAUUGAUUUUCCUGAUGGUCCUACUGGUAGAUUCACGAAUGGAAAGAAUACAGCAGAUUUCCUUGCUGAAUUGUUGGGUUUUGACAAGUAUAUUGAGCCAUAUGCCACUGUGAAGGGUGUGGAGAUUUUUAGAGGUGUAAAUUACGCAUCUGGUGCAGCUGGAAUUCGUGAUGAGUCAGGAAUACAUUUGGGAGAUAGAAUCAACUUGAACAGGCAAUUGCGACAUCACAAAGCGACAAUUUCCCACAUGUCUACCCUGCUACUGCUUGGAAAUAAGACCUUAACUAAGGAGUAUUUAAGCAAAUGUAUAUACAUUGUUGGAAUGGGCAACAAUGACUACAUCAACAACUACUUGAUGCCUCAGUAUUACCUAUCAAGCAAAUUGUACAAACCAGAAAAGUAUGCUACAAUCCUAAUUCAGCAAUAUUAUAAACAAUUGAAGACUUUGUACCGUUACGGAGCAAGAAAAGUUGCUGUGUUCGGAGUCGGUAGCUUAGGUUGUACUCCAGCAGAGCUGGAUUUGUAUGGGACAAAGGACUCAAUAUGUGUGGACUCCAUAAAUAGUGCAGUUCAAAAAUUUGCGGACAAGUUCAAACCAAUGAUCGAUGAUCUCAACAGUAAUUUGCCUGACGCAAAUUUCAUCUACAUAAAUAUAACAAGCAUUGCCAUAGGAGAUCCUACAGCUAUCGGUUUAACAAAUCUAGCUGAGCCAUGCUGCGAAAUUUCGCCCUUCAUAGCUAAAGGACAGUGCAAAUAUGAUGGAAGUGCAUGCAGUGACAGAGCAUCGCAUUAUUUUUGGGAUGGUUUUCACCCAACAGAAAUUCCCAAUUUGGUCUCUGCUCAAAGAGCCUACACUGCUCUUCUACCAACUGAUGCCUAUCCUUUUGAUAUUAGCCACUUGGCUCAACUCUAAAUAAGUUAGCAGUCAGGGGCGAAGUUAGUGUAGAGCUCAUGGGUUUUUCUGAACCCAGUAGCUCGCAUGUAUAACUUCGUCAAGCUUUAAAUAAACAAUUAUAUAUCGUGUCUAUUAUGUGGUCAUUAUUUGAGUGAUGAAUGACUAUCGUUGAUUUCCAGUGGUGUGUAACUCACGUCUUUUGUAAUUUGGAGACCUUUAAGAAGUGUCACAAGCUCCUCUUGCGUGUUA